GCCACCCGUGGGACCUAUUACAAAAAGUCAUGACAAGCAAUCAGGAAACCGUCAUCUCACAAAUCUCUACUCCCGUUGAGAACGUCGCCUCGUUCCCGGGAGGGAGUGCCCAACCCUCAAACCAGAUUCCUACCCCCAUCAUCACCAUUCCAACACCUACUCCAUUCACUUCCCCCGUCACCUUUAUCCAUGUUUUUUCUCCAAAUUUUCCCGGGCCCAUGGACCCGCUGUUUUCACAGGCAUUCCAAAAUUUUGGGCAGUUCAUGUCCAUGUUUCAACAGCCGGGAGGAUUUUCACCUUUCAUUCCCGUGUUAUACCCACAAUCCUUGCCCCAAACUAAUAUCAUCCACCCGGUCGCUCCAACAAAUCUGAUCGGAGAGAUGGACAAAGCUGGUCCAUCCCGGUCCAGAAGGAGUCAGUCCCGAAGGUCACGCACACAGAUCACGCUUGAUGGCGAUGUGCGCUCAGUCCAUAGCAGGGAUGAGGAUUGGGAUGUACCCCAGGCACAAAAGAAGCUGAAGGGAAAAGCUAUUCAACCUGAAGGGUCCAGGAGGUCAGCGUUUCAAAGGCUUGGCCAUGAGGGCAGAAAUCAAAACCGGUCUGCCAAAGAACGACUAGGAGUGGAAACAACCCCGUUGAGUGCUUUUGAUCGCCUGGGUAGAGGGGCCGAGCGACCUGGUCGGACCAGGCGCACAGAACUUCCCCAUCGCCAAGAGCCCCAACAUAGCCGGGCGCCCCAUGGAGAAGAAGAAGCGGAAAGCCAUCCUAGGCACACGAUCCGCUCCCAUGUUGAACAACCCCGGGAUUGUGUGGGCCGGGUCGAAGCACGUUUGGAGAAGCUGCAGCGCCGGGUGGACCAGGACGAAAAGAAGAAAAUCCUGCUAAACGAAUCUCCGUUCACAGACCGGGUUCACGAGACCCCAUUUCCAAAGAAAGCAAAGUUGGAGGUCCCGAAGUUUACCAGGAAGGAGGACCCGAAAAUACAUGUCAAAAGCCUUCAUCAAAGUGGAAGGAUGAUGGGCCUUUCCGGGGAUGAAAAAUGUUUACUUUUCUUUCAGACACUCCGUGGCCGGGCCGCUGAGUGGUUUCACAACCUCCCGGCUGGGGAAAUCGAUUCUUUUGAUGAACUGGCCGAGGUGUUCCAAGAAAAGUUCAAAGAGAACUGUACAAAGAGGAAAAAGUUUACCUACUUGAGUACAGCCGGGCAGCGGGAACAUGAGGAUCUAACCAAGUUCCUCACCCGGUGGAAAGAUGAAGUGGAUAAAGUGGAGGAAAUGGACGAUAAAACCGCCAUGUCCCUCCUUGUGUCCAGACUCCGGUCCGGAGAAUUGUACAAAGAAUUUUGCAGGAGGCCUCCCCAAUCCUACCAAGAGGCCUACAACACAGCCUGUGAUUAUGCCGACGCCGAAGCACAGGUGUCGUUCAAGAGGGAGGCCGAGCAGGGCCAUCCCAAAGGAAGGAUUUCUUUGAAAAAAGGAAUUGAACUGCCCGGUAAGCCGGCCGAGCAGAAUAAAAAGAAGAAAACAGCCGGUAAGGAGCACUUGCAGGUCAUCUACGGCGGACCGGAAGGGGGAGACUCUGCUUCCCAAAGGAAGAAAUGGGGGAGAGAGCUCUACGUUGGAACAGUGGCCCUAAAUCCCCGGUCAAAACAAGCCAGACGGGAACCAAUCACUUUUACUGACCGAGACCUUCCCGCCACCGGCGAAGAUCACAAUGAUCCCCUGGUCAUAACCAUGGACAUGGGUGGAGUCGAUGUUUCCCGGGUACUUGUUGACAUAGGCAGUAGUGUCAAUGUUUUGUACUUGGAUGCAUUCGAGAAACUCAAGUUGUGUCGAACACGGCUUGAGCCCUUAAAGACUCCUCUGUCCGGGUUUACCGGGGACUUUGUGGAAGCUGAAGGGUCAAUCCUUUUAACUUGUGAAUUGGGCACGGGGGACCAGGUCGUCCAAAAACAGAUGAGGUUUGUGGUAGUGAACAUCAAAUGUGUUCACAAUGCCAUUUUGGGCCGGCCUGGAAUAAUCAAAGUCCGUGGGGUCAUCUCCAUGGCCCAUCUCUGUAUGAAGUUCUAUACCCCAGGAGGUAUAGGGCAGGUCAGGGGAGAUCAGAAGAAGGCCCGGUCUUGCUACUUGGAGGCCGUAAAGAAAAUGACUAAGGCAUUUGAGAGGGUUACCUUGGUUUCCCAGGAAGAAGAAUGGUCAAAACUGGAGCCGGGGGAUGAGACAGAGCAGAUUGUUCUCCGGGAGGCUUUCCCGGAAAGAAUGGUGCGGAUAGGCCGGGAUCUGCCCGGAGGACUUCGAGAAGAAAUCAUCUCAGUCCUUCGGGAGUACGCGGAUAUUUUCGCUUGGAGUGUGUCGGACAUGCCGGGCAUAGACCGUUCUGUCAUAUGCCAUCGUCUGGCUGUGAUGGAAGUUGGACAGAUCAAUGGCGAGAUGGAGAUCAAAGAGGAGCGUCUAGCCCGGUACAGUGACCUGGUCCGAGCACUUCUAAGGGAAUUGGAAGAGUUUCGUCUGACUAGGAUACCCCGGUCGGAGAACACAGACGCUGAUAUGCUUUUGAAGUUAAUGCAAUCCUGCCCGGAGCAUGUGUCGAAGUUGGCUAAAUUUGAGAUUUUAGAUCAACCGAGUACAGAUCGAUUUGAGGUCGCAGCCGUUUAGUUAGGUCAGAGCUCAGCUACCGGGGUGAUUGAAGCGGAUGAUGACUGGAGAUACGAUCUCAUGGAGUAUUUAAUGACCGGCCAAAAACCAAGCGACGAAGAACGAUACAGGAAGGUUGUCUUACGAGCUCCCCGGUUUCAGGUACUGGACGACCACUUGUACAAACGUGCCAUCGGAGGACCUCUUCUGCGUUGUCUUACGAACCCGGAGGCCGAGCGGGUGAUAGCCGAAGUACAUGAGGGAGUUUGUGCAGCCCAUCAAAUGUCCCGCACAUUGGCUCAAAGAAUAAUAUUGCUGGGCUACU